GAACCAGCGAGGCUUCAGACGUCAUCAGUGACGCCACUCACCCUUAAUGAAGCAAGUUUUCAUGCGCGUUUCAUAAAAUGUUUUCUGGGGAACCAAAACCUUGGUACAGCAGUCCUAGCACGAAUUCAUACACAUGGGACGUGAACGCAGCGUGACUUGAAACACCCGACUCGGUUAGAAUGUUGCCAACUUAGCAACUUUUUUCUUUUUCAAAAAGCGGCUAACAACAAAUUUACUUUUCCCGGUGACGUCGGUGACUUUUGGAGAUAGGCCGGAAACCUGAAAUCCUCGCCGUGUUUUGUGUACAUACAACCUUCGUACUGCGUCCCUUCCUGCGCUUUGGCACCGCCCGGACCUCGCUUCCGCUUUCUGUGACAGCCGACGUCGCCUUUUCUUACACAAAAGUUGCCAACAGCGGCCCAGAUAAAGGAGGAGGGCUGAAUGUAGAGCUAGCAAUCACACCCCACAUAACGGUGUUUGUGUUAAAUUUUGAUAUCUAACAUUAAACAACAGUCUCAGAUUAAAAAAGCUUAGGUUUGGGUGGAAAUUUCUGCCUGUCAAAGUGAGAUAACUGUGAUGAAGAGUUUUAGGUUUAUCAGAGGGGCUCUGUGGAGGGUGACCAGGCCACAGCUGCAGGAGUGUACCCGUACCUGUCACAGACUAUCAGCCAUGAUGCAGAUCGCUCCUCCGAUCCUCUCCGUCACCCCGAGUCGGGCUCUGGUUGAUGAGAAGUUCAAAGUGCUGGUGGAGAAUCUUCCUCCGGGAUGUCCGGUAACCGUCCGAUCCCUCCACCGCUCCGAGGACGAGGAUGACUGGGAGGCCUACGGGCACUACGUCAGCGACCACAGAGGCAUCGUGUCAGUAUCAGAGGAUUUGAGUUUCGGAGGCACGUACACGGGAAAAGAGCCCAUGGCUUUACUGUGGAGCAUGCGGCCCGUCCCGGGCAGCCGCCCUGGCCUCAGGUUAAGGAAGCAGAAUGUGUGCACCCCCAUGCUGGUCGACAUCUCGGUCCACAGUGGACACGAGGGCUUCAGGGACCGGGCCCCUCUGGCCUCAGCAGUCACAGAGAGAUGGUACAUGGCUCCUGGCGUCCAGAGGAUCGAUAUUAAUGAGCAAGGAGUGCGAGGGACUCUGUUUAUACCUCCAGGUCCUGGACCCUUCUCCGGGCUGCUGGAGAUGUGGGGAGGCGGUGGAGGGCUACUGGAGUAUCGCUCCAGCUUGCUGGCAUCUCAUGGUUAUGUUUCUUUGGCGCUGGAUUACACCAGGCAUAAACACCCAUCUGUAAAUUUGGAGUUCAAAUACUUUGAGACAGCAUUUAACAUUAUUAAGGACCAUCCUCAAGUCAUACCAGACAGAGUUGGAAUUCUUGGUAGUUCCCUUGGCUCUGUGGUGGCCUUCGCCUUAACAGCCUACAGCACUGUUAGCAAGCCUCGGUGCAUUGUUUGCAUCAGCAGCAACAACUACUACCCACCUGGGCGCACACUCAAGGCCAGCUUUGAACAAUUUACCAGCCAGGUGGGGAUUGAUGAGAACACCUAUAUGAGCUGGAGAAGUUCUGCUCUGGAUCUCACCACUGACUCCUCGAACAACGUGGACGUGGGGAAAAUUAACUGCCCGAUGCUGCUGGUUAACGGCUGUGACGAUCAGAACUGGCCUGCAGUGGAGACAGCGGAGGAAGUGGCCAGGUUGAUGCGUGCAGCUGGAAAGGAACACCUGCUGAGCAGAUUAUUGUACCCGGACACCGGUCACCUGAUUGAACCGCCAUUCUCGCCUCAUUUCAGAGCUACGACCUUUGUAAUAAAUAAACACAAGGUGAUAUUACUGUGGGGAGGACAAACCAAACCUCACUCAGACGCUCAGGAGGACUCCUGGAGGAAGAUCUUGAGUUUUCUACAGCUUCACCUGCGCUGUGGCCCGAGUCCCAAAGAAAAGCUGUGAAAGGUCACAUGGUGUCACAUCACUGCUAGAAAACAUGCUGCUGUGAGACACGGGCCACAUUUUAUUCUGAUUAUCUGCGUGCUCAAAUUAAUUACAACAGCAAUUUUCCACUUUUUUUCCCCUGUACACCCACCAAAACACUGUACGUGUUGUACCCAUGGCGGACGGGCAAGAGGGCAGACACUGUUCGGCCACACUUACCAAACUUCAUGGUCAGAUGGUUUAUGACUAAAGCAAGGCUGGCAUUGUGGGAUCACAGGGGUCAAGAUCCAGGUUAAUAAAAGCUCUUUUAAUGUGAAA